CGAAAGGGAGCAGGACGCGGAGUGGAAUAUAUGUUAGUAAAAUUUGACCAUGAGAAUAAGAAGGUGCGCUUGGUGCUAUGUGGUGAAGAAGUUCUUCAAACGCUGCAAGAGAAAGGCGAAAAGAUAAACCCCAAUCACCCAACGCUCUGGCGACCAGAGUAUGGAAGCUAUAUGAUUGAAGGGACACCUGGGCAGCCGUACGGGGGAACCAUGUCUGAGUUUAAUACCGUACAAGACAACAUGAGGAAAAGAAGGCAAGAGGCUGCUUCUGUACUUAAAGAAAAUGAGGCCGUUUGCACUGUGACAUCGUUUCCAAGGCUAGGGUGUCCUGGAUUUACGCUGCCAGAAUGUGAGCCAACACCAGUAGAAGGAGGAGCUUCAAAAUCCCUGUUUUUUCCAGAUGAAGCCAUCAAUAAGCAUCCUCGAUUUAGUACGCUGACCAGAAAUAUUCGGCACCGAAGAGGAGAGAAGGUUGUGAUAAAUGUACCAAUAUUUAAAGAUAAGAAUACACCAUCACCAUUUAUCGAAACAUUUCCUAAUGAUGAUGGAGAAGCAGCAAAAGCAGCUAAACCGGACUUUAUAUAUAUGGAUGCUAUGGGUUUCGGCAUGGGAAACUGCUGUCUUCAGGUAACAUUCCAGGCUUGCAGCAUUUCUGAAGCAAGAUAUCUCUAUGAUCAGCUAGCAACAAUCUGUCCAAUUGUGAUGGCGUUGAGUGCUGCGUCUCCAUUCUACAGAGGCUAUGUGUCCGAUAUUGAUUGUCGCUGGGGAGUAAUCUCUGCAUCUGUAGAUGAUCGAACACAAGAAGAGAGGGGACUGCAGCCACUGAAGAACAACCAUUAUAGAAUCAGUAAAUCCAGAUAUGAUUCCAUAGACAGUUAUCUAUCUGAAUGUGGUGAGAAAUACAAUGACAUUGAUUUGACAAUAGACAAAGAUAUCUACGAGCACCUGAUAAAGGAAGGUAUUGAUCACCUUUUGGCACAGCAUAUUGCACACUUGUUCAUUCGAGACCCUUUGACUUUGUUUGAGGAGAAAAUACAUCUAGAUGAUGCGAAUGAAUCGGACCAUUUUGAGAAUAUUCAGUCUACAAACUGGCAGACGAUGAGAUUUAAACCACCACCUCCAAAUUCAGAUAUUGGAUGGAGAGUGGAAUUCAGGCCUAUGGAGGUCCAAUUAACAGACUUUGAAAACUCUGCGUAUGUUGUGUUUGUGGUGUUGCUCACCAGAGUGAUUCUGUCAUAUAAACUGGAUUUCCUCAUUCCUUUGUCCAAGGUGGAUGAAAACAUGAAGGUGGCCCAGAAAAGAGAUGCUGUCCGGCAGGGGAUGUUUUACUUCAGGAAGGAUAUUUGUAAAGGUGGAAAUGCUGUUGUGGAUGGAUGUGGCUCUGCACAGAACGGCACAGGAACAGAAACAGAAGAGUACGCCUUAAUGAGCAUAGAUACAAUUAUCAAUGGGAAGGAAGGAUUCUUUCCUGGUUUGAUCCCAGUUUUGAAUUCUUAUCUUGAAAACAUGGAAGUGGAUGUGGACACAAGAUGCACCAUCCUAAACUACCUGAAGUUGAUAAAAAAGAGAGCAUCUGGAGAGUUAAUGACAGUUGCCCGAUGGAUGAGGGAAUUUAUCGCACAGCAUCCAGACUACAAGCAAGAUAGCGUGAUAACUGAUGAAAUGAAUUAUAGCCUUAUUUGGAAAUGCAACCAAAUCGCACAAGGCCAGGCAGAGUGUCCUGAACUAUUGGGAGUAGGAUUUAACAAGAAACAAAGCGGAAACAAAACUGGCUCUUUGUAAUGAAUGUUUCCUACACAGUAGAAAGGUUCAAGCAUUUUAGCAAAGCACUAGCAAUGGUACUGUGAAUCUGGUACAGCUUCAUGGUGUGAAGACCAAAACAAGUGAUACUGCACUAUAGAAUGGGCCAAUCUGCCUAAAUAUUCAUUUAAGGCGUCCUGAAGUGGGCAUAUUCUUAUUGUUAAGGUUUAUACAAUGUACAUGUAAAUAGUAAAAUAUUUUUAUGAUUAACAUCAAUGUAUUUUAAUAACAUUGUAUCUAAAGUUAUUGUGAAUUAGCCUGUAACUUUUUUAUGCUUAUUCUAGAAAGAGAAAAAUUGUCCUGAACAGCUUUGUAAAUGUAAUGGUACUUGUAUAUUAUAUGCAUUCCAAUUACUGAAUGUUUCCUGUAAUUUUUCUAACCUGGAAUGUGCUAAGGAAUCUCCCUUAUUGUUUCCAAAAAAAAAAAAAAAAGUCUUCUGGACCUCCUUGAUUCAUAGAGACUUCUCCCUUCCAUUCUGAUUUUGAAAGUAUGUAAGAACAUAUAAAUGCAUGUGCAUCCUCUUUGUUAAUCUUCACAGCAGUUUCUCAGUUGCCACAAGACCUGCACCCACCCAUCAGCUGUACAACUGGGAGGAACUGGUCUGUCUUCGUCCAGAUAACACAAGUGCAUCAGUCUCCUGAUAACUGUAGUCUUCAGGAAAGGGCUGCCAUGCUCCUAUGUAACCCGCAUUUCCUGCAUAAAGACUAACAUAAAUGUAUCCCCUUCCAGAUGCAUGGUUGUUCCUUUCCCCCUCUCAAGUAAGUUUGUGUGCUGUCAUAGUUCAAAAAUUUGCCCGAGUACUGUCUGAUUUUAAAAAAGGCGUAAGCGGGGAAGGUGGAGUAAGAGGAGUAAAUAAGAGCUAAAACAAAGAUCCCUUUACAAAGGAACCAGAGAUACCUGCUCUGUUCUGUGGCACUCCUUAACUGCUGUUUCACCUCCCCCUUGCUGCUGUUUCGUCAACAAUGACUGCAGCCAAAACCAAGGACCUGCUGAUGCUUUCCAAAGGUUGAGUUUCUCCUCUGUCCCUCAAAAAAAACUAUUGUAAGUAUUUUUGUCAGCAUGUUUAUUUCCUAUAAGGUACUUGAUGUAGACAGCUGAGAUACCUCUAGAGCUGUAGGCAUGGGCAACUUAAUCCCCUGUAAAAAAAACCUGAUCAUGAAGUGUACUAAUCCUUUGAAAUGGGACUCAGUGCUGGGAGUGACUGCGAAGUAUUUAAAACUUAGCCAUUGUAAAUAAAGCAAACUUAUGGGGCCUUUUAAAUUUCCCUUCUUCACUGGCUUCAGAAAAUGAAUUGUGUUACAGGUAGAUUAUGCAAAGCUUCAUGCAGGCAUAUGCAAGUAUGUAAGGUGAAACAAUCUUUAAAAAGAACUAAUGGAGAAACUGCAGUGAAGGUGCACUAACAGGAAGCUUUUAUGUGCUGACAUUAGAAUUUGUGCUGUGUUCCCAGGUGUGCGUUAGAGAAUAAAAGAAUGCUUUUUUCUGCUGUGGUGGAUUUGUUUUAAUGAAGGUGUAAAUGGCAGUCAUAUUGCAAUUUAGUUUCUGGAAUAAGGCAAUUAAAAAUAAAAUUUGCAGUAUGUGUUGGUUA